UGCACAUUCCGCCGCCCGUGCCCGCGGCACUGCCAUAUUUUGACGCGCUGUCACAUGACUCGCCGGCCGGCUACGUCGCGCGCUCCGCUCCACUCCUGCCGCGAUCUCCCCGCCGUGAACACGUCGUGCACCUAUGCCGGUAACCAAAACCACGUCGUGGGCCCCUCAACCUCUCUCACCAACCAUGGCUUGCGAGGAUUUCACCUAAAUCUCCUGUCGCCGACGACUGUGAAGUGUGGAUCGUUAUCAUCCUGUUUUCCUCCGUGGUUCUGUGAUAAAUGCUGACAUAGUGAUCUCUUGUUAUUGUUGUGAACUUGUGAGACAAAGUGAAUAUGGAAACACGUCAUUAUUGGGAGGAGAAUGGACUUUCUGUCAAAUAUGACAAUUAUAAUUCCAACGACGGAUUUGGUCGUUCAGCUGCGGCAGGCGAGCUCAACUUUGCAGCGCCAUCUGAAGACGAAGCGGAGUAUCCUCCAGGCGCCUAUCUGAAGAAGGGGAAGGUCUCGAGGCAAGACCCAAUGUCACACCGAAUUAUUGAGAAGCGGCGCAGGGACCGCAUGAACAACUGUCUCGCGGACCUGUCCCGCCUCAUCCCGCCAGAGUAUCUGAAGAAAGGCCGAGGCCGUGUCGAGAAGACAGAAAUCAUCGAAAUGGCCAUUCGCCACCUCAAGUACCUCCAGGAGCGAGCCAACGCGGCAGAGAGGCAGGGCGACGAGUUCCGCGCGGGCUACCAGGAGGCGGCGGCCGAAGCCGUGCGCUACCUCAUCGAGGUGCAAGGCUACGGCCCCGGCGACGGACUUUGCGUGCAGCUUGCCGCGCAGCUACACCGCCACUGCGAAAAUAUCUCCAAGGGUUGGUUUUUCAGUGAAGCUGUAAUGCAUAGGGAAAAGCAGCGGUCUCACGCCGGGUCGUCGUCUGAGACCGCUAGUUCGUCGAGCGGCUCGCUGGCGUAUAAACCCAGUGUGAUCGCGACGGUGCCGCCCCAACCUACAGCCUACCCUGAGCAAUAUGAGCCAGAACGCGCGCCUGAGCAGUCCUACCCUAUGGAAUGCGAUAGAGUGUCGUUGAACCAGAUGUCGGGCACAACAGAGAGUGACCCGCUCCCUGAUGCGGAGCCGUUGCCUUUGGACGGGCGUCGUAAGCGCGAGCCAACGUUGCGGACAGUACGCAAGCCCGAACAUAACGAAGACUACCUCCAUUCUUACAAGUUCAAAAACUCUAUCGAGAGGCGAUUUUCGAGGUCGCAAGAUAGUGAGGUGGCUAAUACUUCUAAAGUGAAUUGUUCUCAUAUCCAGGCGGCAGACGUGUUAGCUCGAACAGCGCACGCGCACGCCAAAGUGUACAAUCACAAGCGACGCCGCGCUGCUAAGCCUGCACCCUCCACCUCCACAUCCAACUCUGGCUCUACAGAGGACGCACGCGAUACUUCGCCGCAGGAUACCUCCAGCGAAUCCCCACAUCAUCACCACUAUGAGAAGCCACCGCCGCCGACGCAGUAUGUGCCGGUCUUUGCACUAAAUGCUCUUGGGAAGUACUACGUGCCGCUGAGCGUGGAGUACGCGUGCCUGGCGCGGCACCUGGGUGCCUACGACGUGCUGGACGCACGCGCCGUGCAGCUCGCGGCGCCUCUGCACCCCGUCACCAUACAUGUCAACUUCCAGCCCUGCCUCAACUACCACGUCAAGCGGGAACCGAGCGACCGCGACUGGCGACCCGUAUAAACACGACAAGUGAAAAGGUCGAUAUACACACUCUGAAAUGAAAGUGAUUUUUUUUGUGUGAUUGUGAUAUUACAUACUUAAAACUUACAAAGACAUUAUUAGUUAAGUAGUUAAGUAAAGAACUCUACAAAAUGUGUUAUAAUUAUAUAACUACAAAUUGUAAUUUUACGGUGCGUAAUGUUAGAAGCUGUACCGAGAACUUGGUUACGCGCACUACGGUGCACCCUAUUUUUGAGAAAUUCAAAACUUCUUUAAAAUCAAAGACAUUAAAUAAAAACUAUGUUUUUAAAAUAUUAAGAGAAAAAAUAUAGACGACGAGAUAGUAAGGUUUAAUUUGAAGACGUAGCGUAAUUAAAUUACCGUUUAAUUUUAAGUUACUGUAAUAUACUUACAGUUUUACAGAUUAUUCAGCGUUGUACAAUAUUAGACCCCAAUGGCCUGUUGCUAAAGGUUUAGAAUUUUUUUUGUUGAAAUAAUACAUUUAUUAUCCAACUACCUACUAUUUUUCAAAUAAUAAUUUUAAGACUGUUCCAAAAUUGUAUUGAUUCGUAAAUUAUGAAGAUGCCUACCCGUAUCAUAUAAAUAAUAAUAUGAUAUCAAAUCAUAUCAGGCAAUUUUAAGAAAAUAGCCUUUAUUUUAUUUUACUGGUAAUGAGAGGCUAAAAAAAAUAUAGAUGGCGCUAUAAAGAUUUGACGUGAUAGUUACCUAUUUUCUCAUUGCCCGGGUAGAUAAUUAUUCAAAAAUAUAAUAUAUUACAUUACAGGCAGAGGCAUAUAAAAACAUUUGUUGCCUAAUAUUUGGAUUAGAUAUCAUGUAUAGAACUAUGUUGAUACCUAUAUUGCUUUUCUUUGUAUUGAUCAGAAUAAUAAUGAGUGGAAGAUGUGUUGUAGCUGGGUGUAAUAAUUGGCUAUUUGACAGUUGUAACAAUAGAAUAUGAAACUUUUCGGAUAGCGAUAAACUACAUCGUUUAACGAUAAUUAUGAAAUAGUUUUGUUAUUAAGAUCAUUUUUUAAUUUUUAUUUUUACAAGAUAAAAAUGCGAUUUUUUUAUCUGUCUAAUACAAAACCCGAAACACGGGGGGAGGGGGUGCUAUAAUUAAGCAUCGUGUGACGUCACAUUUCACAAAAUAAAAGCUAUCUGUCAGGUUUCAUUUGAAGUGACGCGUAGUUUGACAGAUUCUUUGUUUAUUGAAAUGUGACGUCACUGGGCAAAAUGUCAUGUGACCAACCGUUUGCGCGCGAAAUUUGAAAUUAAUAAAGAAAAAAAAACGCUUAUUUUAAACCUUUUAAAAAAAUAUAUUUUUUUCCUUUAUAACCUUUUAAAAAAAUAUAUUUUUUUCCUUUUAAAAAAGGUUAAAAUAAGCGUUUGUAAUUUUUUAAAUAUUUAUCCGAAAACUGUCAAGUAGCCAAUUAACAUAGGUCAUCAUUUAUGCCCAAAAAUAAAAAUGAAUGAUGCAUAUUUUUGUUAUCCAUGAAAUUACAAGAUAAAACGAAGGCAAAUUAUUACAGCGCCAUGUAUUUUUUUUUUGGAGAACGUAGCCGGGAAAGUCCUUCAUUUGUAUAUUAUACAAUGUUAUAUAAACGGCAAAUAAUGUUAGGUAUUUAUUUUUGUAAAUAUAAUAAAUACAAGUUACCAAAACGACAUGAUCCUAGUUAGUGAAAAAAAAUAAAAUGUUUCUAUGGUUUAUUAUGGUAGCUAAAUAAAUUACCUACAUGUUGUUAUUCUUAGAAAUGACUUAGGUACAGUAAGAUCUUAUAUUGAAAUGGUACUUGAUUAAUCAUUCCUAAGGCGGAUCCCUACUAACCCUACUUGUUGUACCUACCUACAAAUUAUCAAUGCAUGGUGUUGUGUAUUAAUAUUGCUGUCCUUGCCUCGGGCGCAUAUGUCAUCUAAAUACAGGGCAAGACAAAGAGUCAGUCAAUGCAGGACGGUCUGCCUGUACAGAGUGAUGGUGUGUUGGCGAGCCAAAUCAUGGCAGUAUACAAAAGGUGUACACUACACAUGGUAUAAGAAAACCAGGUAUGCUCAAAAGUGACAGCUAACAUUUCAAGGUUAGCCCAGCUGACCUUAUCCCACCCUGUGUUGCCAUUUUGUAAAAAAUAAAUUACCCACAUGUUUUUAAUUUACUUAAAAAUCGGUCUUUAAUUAAAUUUAUGAUUCUAAAAUAAAUAAAUAAUAAUAUAAAAAAAAAUGUUAAAUAUACAACUAGCAAGAUAACUGGGAAUAAUUUGUAGAAUUUAUUGUAAACCAAAUUUAUAUUGACUUCUAUUUGUGUAUUCGUAUUUACUUUGUAAUGCAAUUUUGAACUUUAACUAAAAGAUUUACUUACAGUUUGAAUGGUUUUAUAUAUGUGACAAGUGAUAGUAAUUAAAUACAUUAGUCAGUAAUUCUAUUAAUUUUCUCAAUAAUCAAAUUUGCGUCCUUGGAAUGUUGGAGAUACCAAUGUAAUGGUAACACAGUGGUAACAAUUACGUCUUUUUAUAGGAUUAGCAAUGACGGCUUUUUCUAGGAUUGAGCAUACUUGUUUUUAUUAUACCCUGAUCAAUUGUAUCUCUAGUCUAUAAAGAAUAUUAAAAAAAAAAAAAAAAACAAUUAAGUAGAUAACGUACCUAAUUGUUUUUUGUAGAAAAAUGUGUAAGUAUAAGAAGUAGGUAGACAUCUAAGAAUGUAAUCGUCAUAAUGUAUUAUCUGGCCCGCCUUGAAAGUAAUUUUGUAAAUACUGAAAUGCUGAAUACCUAAAGUAAAUUAUCAAUGGCUGGUCUAGAUCUAGUCAAAGAAUAUUCCAAGAAAAUAUUUACUGCGAUAUUUGAAGACUUACCAGUAUAAACUUCGAUGGAAUCAAAAACAGAAUUCGUUUUUGUGCCAUAAAGUUUCACAUCUUGAGAUCUAGUGUUGUACCUAAAAGAUUUUGCAUCAAUAAUUAAUAUAAAACAUAAAUAGCCUAUAUACGUCCCACUGCUAGGCACAGGCCUCCCCCCAAUCAACCGGAGGUGGUAUGGAGCAUACUCCACCACGCCGCUCCGCUGUGGGUUGGCAUUUGGGCUAGUAGCCCGGGACCAAUGGCUUAAGGUGCCUUCCAAAGCACGAAAUCAUGUUUAUUUAUCGGACAACCAGGUGAUUCAACUUGCUAUGUCAUAGCCAAACAAAGGACAGUCUCACAAAGUGAUAUUCGACUGGGUCCCCAUCGGGAAUCGUACUCGGACCUCCACAACGUGAGCCCAAUGCUCUAACCACUAGACCACAGAGGCUGUUUAAUAAUAUAUUGGUGCUAAUUCCUGUAAAUACCAUCUAAUUUUAUUUUAAGUUAUAUCUGUCAUUUUCUUAUCCGCCGAAAAGGAAAGGGACGGGUAAUCGACAAGCAUAAAAUUUAUGGAACACACGUCAAUUUUAAGCACAAAUCUAAACCAACCGUCUAAAAAUUUUAGUUCAGUCAAUAACCCGACACGUUCAUUUACUCAUUCUUCCUAAAAUUAAGAGCUGUGAAUCAUCCGUCCCUUUCCUUUUCGACGGAUAUGAAAAUGACAGAUAUAACUUAAAAUAAAAUUAGACGGUGUCUCCAGGAAUCGGGGCCAUUAUGUAGAUAAUUUAAAAUAUUGUUCUUUAUAAGUUCCGUAUUUUUUUGAGCGGAAUCUAUCCAUGAUGUCGCUCUCCGUCCUUUUACAAUGGGACCAUAUUUCAGACCUACUUUGUGGGACACAAAAUUAUUAUAAUUUUUUUCACGAUUAAAAAUAUACAGUGUUGCCUAAGGUACGGAACUUUUAUUGAUAUAUUUUUAUUAAAAAUGUCUUUGUAAAAAAGAAGACUGGGACUUCUUGGCAGGAUAAUGUUUCAGUGUUCUUGCUACGGCUGUGAUAAUAAUCGUUAAAUGUCGUCGGAUCGUUGAGAAUUGGCUCCUGGACUAACGAUUACAUCCACCAGUGCCAACGUUUCAGGAUAUUCAUAUCACGUUACAAUUAUGUAGCGCCAAUACAAAACGACCUGCGUAUAAUUUAAGAAAAUUAUUGUUCUUAAAAAGAAAUUAGAUUAUAAGUUGUAAAAAUAUUUUAACAUUAGUGUAUACGUGUAACAUGCAAAUGACUUCACUAUGACGUUGGUUGGUGAUGGACUUGUUAUAAAGACUGAGGUUUAUUUACAUAAUACAGUUAUUAUAUGUCUAGUCUAUAAUUAAGCAAAUUAGCAAAGAAUAGAAAACGAAACAAAUUAAUAUUUAAAUUAUAUUUACCAAAUCGUAUUUUUGGACUCAAAAAUUCCUAUUAUGCUAGGACAUAUAAACGCAUUUUUUUGUAACAGUCUUUGCUAAAUUGUAAAGUUAUAGCUAAUUAGAAACUUGUCAAAUUCUAAGGAUGUCAGCUAUAUUUUCGAUGUUAAUUUUAAGCCCUGUUAAAUGUAUAGGUUUAUAUUUUGUAAAUACAAAUGUUUAAGAAAUAAAUGUUAUAAUAAUUAUUUUGGAA